AUGACUGAAAUAACGGCGUAUGAUGACGAUGACGAUGACGAUGACGAUGACGAUGACGAUGACGAUGACGAUGACGAUGACGAUGAUGAUGACGAUGAUGAUGAUGAUGAUGAUGAUGAUGAUGAUGAUGAUGAUGAUGAUGAUGAUGAUGAUGAUGAUGAUGAUGAUGAUGAUGAUGAUGAUGAUGAUGAUGAUGAUGAUGAUGAUGAUGAUGAUGAUGAUGAUGAUGAUGAUGAUGAUGAUGAUGAUGAUGAUGAUGAUGAUGAUGAUGAUGAUGAUGAUGAUGAUGAUGAUGAUGAUGAUGAUGAUGAUGAUGAUGAUGAUGAUGAUGAUGAUGAUGAUGAUGAUGAUGAUGAUGAUGAUGAUGAUGAUGAUGAUGAUGAUGAUGAUGAUGAUGAUGAUGAUGAUGAUGAUGAUGAUGAUGAUGAUGAUGAUGAUGAUGAUGAUGAUGAUGAUGAUGAUGAUGAUGAUGAUGAUGAUGAUGAUGAUGAUGAUGAUGAUGAUGAUGAUGAUGAUGAUGAUGAUGAUGAUGAUGAUGAUGAUGAUGAUGAUGAUGAUGAUGAUGAUGAUGAUGAUGAUGAUGAUGAUGAUGAUGAUGAUGAUGAUGAUGAUGAUGAUGAUGAUGAUGAUGAUGAUGAUGAUGAUGAUGAUGAUGAUGAUGAUGAUGAUGAUGAUGAUGAUGAUGAUGAUGAUGAUGAUGAUGAUGAUGAUGAUGAUGAUGAUGAUGAUGAUGAUGAUGAUGAUGAUGAUGAUGAUGAUGAUGAUGAUGAUGAUGAUGAUGAUGAUGAUGAUGAUGAUGAUGAUGAUGAUGAUGAUGAUGAUGAUGAUGAUGAUGAUGAUGAUGAUGAUGAUGAUGAUGAUGAUGAUGAUGAUGAUGAUGAUGAUGAUGAUGAUGAUGAUGAUGAUGAUAAGCUCGAGAUCAGCAGUUAG